UUAUGAAAUUAAUAUACUGGAAUAAUAAUAUGGCCAUGGGUCCUGGAGAUAUGACAACAGCAAGGCUAAUAAGAGUGGAUGGAUCAGGAAAUGGAGACUUCAAAAAAAUUCAACAAGCAAUUGAUUCUGUUCCUUCUCAAAACAAUGAACUCGUUUUCAUUUGGGUUAAGCCUGGAACUUACAGAGAGAAAAUAGUGGUACCUGAGGACAAGCCCUACAUAACAAUAAGCGGCAGUAAGGCCUCCGAUACAAAAAUCACAUGGAACCAAGGAAGAGAUUUACUUGAAUCUCCGGUUGUAUCUAUCUUUGCUUCUGAUUUUGUCGGUCGUUUUCUGACAAUCGAAAACACAUUUGGCACAACUGGCAUUGCGGUGGCAUUAAGGGUUUCCGCCGAUAGAGCAGCCUUUUACGGCUGUCGGAUCAUCUCCUUUCAAGACACCCUUUUGGACGACACUGGAAGACAUUACUUCAAUAAUUGUUACAUAGAAGGAGCCACCGAUUUCAUUUGCGGGAAUGCCGCUUCUCUAUACGAGAAGUGUCAUUUGCAUUCGACGUCGGAUAGAGGUGGGGCGAUGACGGCGCAGCAUCGAAACACGGGGGAGGAAAACACAGGGUUCGUGUUCUUGGGAGGAAAAAUAACAGGAAGUGGAUCCAUGUUUCUUGGACGGCCAUGGGGGGAUUUCUCUAAAGUUGUGUUUGGGUACACUUACAUGUCCAAUGUUGUUGAACCUGAGGGUUGGAAUGAUUGGGGAGAUCCAACCAAGCAAAGAACGGUGUUGUAUGGAGAAUACAAAUGUUAUGGGCUCGGAGCAAACAGAGAUAAAAGAGUGGUAUGGUCACGUAGUUUGUCGACGGAUGAGGCUUCAAAACUUUUCACCAAAGACAUCAUUGGUGGUCGAGCUUGGCUUCGACCUGCACCAUCUCAUUUCAAAGGGGGCUUUCCCUAGCUAGCACUAGCUCCAUCAUCACUUGCCACAACCAAUAUUUUCUUAGUUACAUUUUGAUUCUUUGGUUGUAAUUUCAUGCUAUCAGCUCUCUAAUUUCUUUUAGCUAAUUUUAUAUCUCUUGUUUUCACGGUAUUACAUUUUCAUUGUUAAGUCAACAUUCCCAUUAUAUUUUUAAAAAUUCAUGAAGUUAUAAAUAAAUAAGAAUAAUUUUAUGUUACUAAUCAA